GUCAACGGAAACCGAUUCGAACCGAGCGGAUUGGAAUCAUGCGAAGUACCGAAACGGCCGGAGGAGAUCGAUCCAGCUGAUAGCGUCUCCACCACGACCACAGCCGCUUCCACGACCACAGCCGCUUCCACGACCACCGCAGCCUCAACGACCACCGCAGCCUCAACUACCACAGCCGCUUCAACUACCACAGCCGCUUCCACGACCACCGCAGCCUCAACUACCACAGCAGCCUCAACGACCACCGCAGCCUCAACUACCACCGCAGCCUCAACGACCACAGCCGCUUCCACGACCACCGCAGCCUCAACUACCACCGCAGCCUCAACGACAACCGCAGACCCAACGACCACCGCAGCCUCAACUACCACAGCCGCUUCCACGACCACCGCAGCCUCAACGACCACCGCAGCCGCCUCAACGACCACCGCAGCAGCAGCCUCCAACACGACCACCGCCGGCG